AUGCCAGGCUUCUUGGUACCCUGUCCUCCAGUGAGGCUAUGCGUGGGUCUUACGUGUGUCCUGUCCCUUUGGAACACAGUGUCUGCUGUUAAAGGAGAAGCCAGGAAGGAAAAGGUCAUGACCUUCCUUCCCACAACAGCUCCUGGCCUUGGAGAAGAGAGGAAGGAAAAAGGGGUGGCCUUUCUGGACACCACAGAUCUGCCUGCAAGGUCGGUCGAUCUGUCUGCCCUGAACCUGACAGAGCUGGUGAACGGAAUGCUGAAUAGAGCUUUAAAAGAUACCAAGUUCUUCUCCUUGCUGAGCAUCACUUCCUACAGCUCCUUUGCCUUCCACAAGUUUUCUGUGACCAUUUACAAUAUUUCCAACCUGAAGACUGUGGACGCCACCAGAUUCCCUACCCGGUACUGCUACUGCCUGAACAACAGGACCAAUGACUUAUCAGAUUUCACAGCCCUACUGGUGGAUGUCACUGGAAAUUCUACCAGCUACCUCACAGAGAUUUUUAAGUCAACUUCCAUCCUCUCAGUGAGUCAAACGAACGAAUCCGACUGCAUCUUCAUCUGUGUGAUGACAGGCAAGUCAGGAAGGAAUCUUUCUGACUUCUGGGAGAUGGCGGAGAAAUCUCCUGUCAUCAAUUACACAUUCACCAGCAGCAUGUCUGGUGUUCUGGGUGAGUCUCCCUGGGGCACAGCCGUGACUUCAAAGCCCACACCCACGAGCCAGCAGACACUACAGAGGACAAGCCGCCUGCACGGAGCUCAGAGCACCAGGGCACCUGCUCCUAGAACCUCUCCCUGGACAGAGACAACGUACCCUGCAGAUGGACAACAGGCUGUGAGCACAGACAGGCUUCUGGAGCUCCACGCCAGGGCCACGGCCAUGGCUGUGCAGGGCAGUGCCCCCUCCACCCUCCCAGCCUUGGGAACUUCUACCCAUGGCACACAGACCCCGAGUCCAACCAAGGCACCGGCCCCGAAAUAUCCACAGAAAGGUGACCUUCCUGCGGCAUGGCCAUUUACCCCUGGAGAAGAGCCAGCCCUGGUCCCAGGACCCCACCAAGUCUCAAGGUGUCCUCAGCUGCUCCUCGAAGAGGGGGCCAUCACCACCAUUCCCCUCACCCUGGCCAUCCAGAAGCUCAACCCUUGCCUGAUGGAGCUGUGCCGCUUUUUCCAGCAAUGCCUCUGCAUGAGCCGGAAGAGAGAGGCCAGGACGGAGGCCAUGAGGUACUGUCUUGAAUCCUAUUCCUGGUUUCUGAAGAAUGCAACAUACAUCUGUCAGAGGGUGAAAAGGGUGCCCCACUCCCACACCUUAAAACAAAAAUGCCUCCAGAAUAUCUGCCAGUCGGUGUGA